UUACCGGUUUAUGUCGAAUAAACCGUUAUGGAAUAAACGUAGUUACGGCAACACUGCACUCACAUACACAUUAGUACACACAAAUUAGCAUUUAGCGGUAGUUUCAAAAAAAUAAUACGUAAUAUUUUAAAUAAAACUUUUUAUUUUAUUAAUUUUAGUGAUUGUACAACGCCUCUUUGUUUUAUUUAAGUUUAUUUAAUAUUAUCGUAGGGUACUUUGCGUACAUAGCUGCAUAUUCAGUAGGCAUGUUUAGCCUACUAUUUACUUUGAGGAAUUCUUUACAAGCUUACAUGGCAAGAAAAUCAAUACUUUUAGUCUAGCGCAGUAGGGAGGGACCUAAUACUGCCAAUUUUAAGUGUCUAAUAAAGACCUAACUAUUUCGCUUAGGGACAGUUCUAUUACAUAAAUUUUUUUCUUGUGAUACAAUAUUAGAAACGCAUAACAAUGGCGUUAAAAGCUUACGAGGACGCUUGCAUGAGAGCCGAAUUGUUUGGGCAACCUAAGCCGGAUAGAGAGGAUUUCCUGUCAAAACAUAAACACUUGGAUAUUGUGGAAUUUGAGGAAGUGGAUAUUAGGACCACAGAGCAUACUGCAAUGUUGAACGACGACCUAAAGGAAACUAGUGGAGCGUUAUCGGAAUUAAAUACAAUACUGACUUCCACACAAACAAAGCUUAACCGUAUCAAGGGCGUCUGCGGUACCGUUACGAACUUCUUUCGCAUAAAAUUAGCAGCAAAGGACAAUUUGUCGUACUCCAGUGAACCCAGCUACAUCGGACAAACGAAUUACGACAAAGACUAUGUACCACCAAAAAACAACGACGUAGGUUUUAUAAACACGGGUCUUGGACCUGAGGACAAUGAAAUGACGGCGCACGCGGGAAAAAUUAAACAAAAUGGCGGCGACAUCAACGCUGCUUUAGCGGACUUAGAAAAAAUGGAGGUAGUAGAAAAUAGUUCUUUAUUAGGAAAAGCGGCUGUGAUUGACCAUAGGAAGCAAGUUACAUCUCAGAUGAGUAAGUUGGAUCAUAUGAUUCUCCAAGCAGAUAGGGCGGAAGCGUCUUUAAGCAGUCAGAAUAAACAAAUGCGAACUUUCCUACGAUAAUAGGUAACAGAUCCGAAUCUGGGAAGGCAGUUAUGAGAACCUACAAAGUAAAGGCUUAAAAGCACGGACUAGGAAUAGCUAGAUGCCACAUGAUCAUUAAAUAGUAUGAAAACCAACCGCACCUAUGAUCAAUCA